AAAUAAAUAAUUAAAAACUGAAAAUUCAUACCCGCGCUUGCGCGCGGAUCAGGAUCUAGUGGUUACUUAAAUUUAGAAUAUUAUAUGACUAACCAAUGAAAUUUAAACCAUUUUACAAUCUCUAGCUAAGUGAAUCAUCAUAAUACUCAAACCCAUUAUAGGAUAGAGUUUCUUAUUCGUAGAUAUUCAGAGUGUGAACUGAGCACAUGUCAUAAAUUAGUGACAUUUGCUAUAAGCUAAUAUUUAGUUUAGACUUAAAGAGUAGUUGACAAAAACUACAAGUUUGUUUUUAAGUUUUUUUUCUUAACUAGUGGACCUUUAAUCUAGUGGACCCUAAAAGUGGAAGAAGUAAUUAAAUUUCUACAUGUAUAUAUUUUAAAAAAAAACUGAAAUGAAAAAUUUAUGCAAGGAUGUCACGUAUAAAUCGAACAAUGGUCAAAAUUUUCAUUCAAUAUAUAAAUUAUUAAAAAAAUUACGAAAAGAGUAUGGCUGACUUUAGAGAGCAGUAUAUAAGGGUAAGAGUAUGCAUCUAAUUAACUUAAAACAACAAAGACAAUUGGUCUACUUCUCAAAUUGAUCCAAAGACCAAAGAUUCCUAAAGCUGCUUGAAACUAAAAAUGGCUCCACAAAAAUUCAUCAGAAAUGGCAUGACAAGUUUACCUCGGCUCGUAGAAGAGUAUCUCUCUAUGUUGAAGGAAACAUACGAAGGAACGGGAUUGCACCUAGCCACGCAACAAGGGGACGAGGUAUAUGCAAAGAAAAUAAUCGAGCUCUGCCCUUCCUUAGUCAGUUCCACCAAUUCCAAAGGGGACACUUCUCUUCAUGUUGCUGCUCGUUUGGGAUGCACAAGCAUCUUAAUUUGGAUGUUAGAGUCCAUAAAAUUGCAUAACGCAUGCGAGGAAAAAAACCUAGAUGCAGAAAUGAUGAAUAAUGAUGGCUUAACACCUCUGCAUUGUGCUGCAAUGAAGGGUUCUAUUGAAAUCCUUAAGGAAUUUCUCAAUAGGGCUCCCUCUUCUUUCUACUCAGUCACGUUAGAAAAGAGAGAAACUGUGUUUCAUAUAGCUGCGAGACACAAGCAAAACGAAGCCUUCAUCUCAAUGGCAAAGAGUGACAACUUAGGCCAACUUCUCUACCAGCUUGACAUAGACGGCAACACGGUGCUUCACGUUGCCGCCUCCGUAGGCUCUAUUGCGCUGGUAAACUAUAUAAUGGAGGAGACAAACGUAAAAGUCACCACGAAGAACAAGAACGGUUUUGUAGCGGUUGACCUUCUCAACGAAGAGGAUAAAGAUUUCCUUAAGCUAUCUAACGCUCUGAUGUGCGGUCAACGCUCUUCAAGUCCUAGAGAGAUUGGAAACCAAACAAAAGCAGUGAUUCUUCAUCGUGCAGACGAUGACACGAUAAAGAAGCGCCAGAAGGAGAUUCUAAGAUUUCAAAGUAGUGAUACUCCAAACAAAAAAUUUGAGAUGCAAUUGGAGGCUUUGCAAAGCGCUAGGAAUACUCUCGCCAUUGUCGCGGUCUUGAUUGCAUCUGUUACUUUCACAUGCGGUUUAAACCCACCUGGUGGGGUCUAUCAAGAAGGAUUCUCCAUUGGGAAAUCAACCGCGGGGAAAACCAUAGCUUUCAUGAUCUUCUGGAUAAGCAAUAGCAUUGCGUUGUUUACAUCAGUGAGUAUGGUCAUUCUUCUCCUCAGCAUUAUACCUUACAGGGAGGACUCGCUUUUAAAGUUCUUGGUUAUAGCUCACUGGAUGAUGUGGGUGGCUGUAGCAGCCAUGGCAAGUGCUUAUGUCUCCGCGGGAUUGGUAACUUUACCUCAUUUUGGAGAAACCAAUUGGUUAAUCUAUGCCACUGUUGCUAUUGCUAGCUUGACGCUAGGCGGUAUGUUUGUUUAUCUACGGUUUAAUCUGGCUAAAUGCAUGUUUAGGAAGGUUACGCUUCUUAAAUGCUUGUCUACUCCGCCAGUACGCAAGAAUGGAUACGUAGACAUGGCGGCCAAUAUCGAGAAAGGCUACUACUCUUAUUGCUGAAUUCGUAUUUAAUAUAUAGGAAUCAAGUAAUAUGUUUUUAUAAGUGUUUGACGUUUAUAAUUUCCAAUUGUUUAGAUUCGAUGACGUGAGAUAUGUCGUAAGAAAACAAAAAUGAUUUCAGAUAAUGAUUAAUGCAAGUUUAUUUGACCCCAAAAUUGAAUACACAAAAUAGUUUUGAGUUUUCAUGCAAGAUAUUAGAUUGCCGUAGAACUAGGCCCUAGAGGGUUUUCAUGACUAGCCAGCAAAACUUACAAAGGAAAUGGACAAAAAGGACUUCUUGUUUGGGUGGGGCGAAUAGAAUAACUGACCAAAAAUGGGUCGAUAUGGUAUCGGUAUUAGGGAGGAAAUUAGUCCUCAAAAGUAAAUUAUGAAGUUGAAGCUCCGAUGUCUUUAUUCAAAGACUUUAUUUAGAGGUAAAAGUGUCGAUUCAGUUGAAUUGUCAGGAAGUGCAAGAGUCUAGAGAAUGUUACCCUUACAACGUGUAUAGUAGGAAACAUUUUUUUGCAUUAUGGAGCUUUACCAUAUCUUUAAAGCUUCCGGCAACAAAAACUGGUUCUGAGAGCGAAAGAACAGAGGAAAUGGAGAAAACAAUUAGAUGAUGAAGGAGUGUAGGUGGGAUUAGUCGUCUCUGAAAAAUUGAUUUUUACAUUUUUGUACAUUAAUAUUUAUUUUUCGUAAUUAGUAUUAUAUAUUUUAGAUGAGUCGUAAUAUAACUAAUGGUAUUCAAAAUCUGGACGGAAUCGGGUAAUAUGGUUAGUUUUUUUAUUUAGAUAUUUUUAUAUUCUUAUACAUCAGAACCAAACUCAUUCAUACCCAAAAAGAUCUAACUCAAAACCCAUAUAUAAAUUUAAAAUAUUCAGGUGGAACCUAAUUAAAAAAUCGAUAUCCAAAAAAAACAACU